CGGACCAGAUAGCUCAUCACUUUCCACAGAUUGAUCCAAAGCUCUAUCCUUCAAGAGGCGACAGCAGGACAUCACAUUAACUUCUCAGCGGAAUACGCGCAGCUUCCUAUUACCAUGGAAAAACAGCCCACGGUGGUGUUUCAUAAUGUGGGGCAAGUUUACUUCCCCCAAUCCAGAGUGGAGUGCCACUACAGUCUGACCUCUGACCACCGCUGGAGCAGCUCUGACUGGAUAGGGAUUUUUGAGGUGGGCUGUACUUCAAGGAAACAAUAUCACACAUAUACGUGGGCUCUUGUCCCUGAAGGCUACACUGAAUGUACCAGCGUAAACUGCUGUGCACUUUUCCACGCUUCCUACCUGCCCCGGCCCAGUGCUGUGGAGUAUCAGUUUAUAUACGUAGAUAAGAUGGGAAAGGUGUGUGCCCGAAGUCGUCCCUUCACCUUCAGAGCUCCCAAACCGCUGGAGGAGCUGGAGACUCUGAAAGAGGAGCGAGAUGAGGAGGACGGAGAGGAAGAGGAUCUGCUACUGGUCAUCACCAAGGCUCAGCUGCUGCAGAGUCAGCUGGAUGAAAGCUUAAAAAAACAAGCAGAUAUACAUCUGGCCCUGGACGUGGCGAAAGAGGAGGCAGAGAAACAGAAAGAGGACAGCAGAAAGGCAAGGGUGGCCUGGGAGCUCGAAAGAGAAGCAAUGAAGCAGGAGAUCUCAGAGCUCAGAGCCAACAUGAAACACAACUGUGAGAUCUUGAAGAAGAUAGAAGGAAAUCACAAGAAUGUAAAAUAUAGUCAGGAAAAUCUGACAUCAGAGCUUAGUAAACUGAUGGUUGAAAAAGAUGAGAGUGAGCAGCGGAUCCAAGAGCUGGAGGAGGACAUCAAGGUCUUGAAUGACAGGGAGAAAAGGAGAAACAGUGUAACUGGAAAGGCAAGUGAGAGAGUGAAGAAAAUGUCCAGUCAAAUGAAACAUGACGAGGAAGAGAAACGGGAGUACGAGGCGGCUCUGGUGGAGGUUCGAGGCCUGCAGGAUCGUCUGGAGGCUAGUGAGCAUGUAGGUGAGGGCCUCCGCAGGGAGCUGAGGGAGCUGGGCAUCCGUCAGGGCCACACCAACACCGAGCUGCACCAGGCCCGGCUGCAGGUGGCCCAGCUCACCCUGCAGCUGUCCGAGGAGAACCUGGUGCUCAGGGAGGAGAGAGCCAACUGGACUCUAGAGAGAGAGGCGUACAAACAUGCAGCAGAGACAGAUGCAAAGAAAUUACAAGACCUGAGCUGUGAGGUGCGGAGGAAGGAGGAGUGGCUGCAGGAGGAGAGGAUGGAGAGGGAGAAAAUAGAAGUGGAGCUUGGACGAGAGAGAGAUUGCACCAGAGUGCUGCAGAGCGACUCCAAGAGAGAGCUGCAGGAGCUGAAGGCCGGUCUGAGGGCGGCCCAGAAAGAGAGGGAGGAGCAGCAGGUGGAGAAACAGGACCUGAUGAUCUACAUCCUUCAGUUGGAGCAGAGGUUGGAAGUUGAAACUGAAUCAAAGGAGGAAGUCCCCACAUCCCUCUCUCCUGGCUCUUCCUCCGAGGAUGAAGAGAAUGUGUCCUCAGCUUCCUCCCGAUCAAUCCUCUCACCUCUGUUCCUGUCCACUCCCCUGGAGCGGCCUCACAGAGCCGAGACCCCCGCUGCUGAGACCCCAGUCUCUGACACACAGCACCUUCUGCCUCUUUCUCUCUGCAGUGAGGUGGUCGGAUCCCCCAUGUGGUAACAAAAAGAUGGACGGCAACUGACUUGUAUACCAAUGAUGCAAGUUUGUGCCGGUCAUCAAAAAAACGUUUGGAUUGUUCUGAUGAUGCUUUGUAGCUGUUGGCCUUCACAAAGGAGUGUCUGUGUUUGAAGACGACACAGUUUAUAGUCUUAAGGGUGUAGAAUGUGUUUUAAUAGAAUGGCUUAUGGUUUCAUUUCUACUUAAUAAUACAAAUAAUAUAUUAUUAUAUUGCUAUAUAUUAUAUUAUUAAUAAUAAUUAAAACAAUUUAGACCCUAAUUGUCUCAAAUAAUGUCUAAAUUCUCCACUUGUUAUCCGUAGGUUUUCUAGCUUUUUUUUGUGGCUUAUUCAAAUAUGUCUGAGCAUGCUGCAACUGUUUUGAAAAAGGUGUAUUUGAUACAAUGGAUUUAUAACGUGUGUGUGUGUGUGUGUGUGUGUGUGUGUGUGUGUGUGUGUGUGUGUGUGUG